GGGAUUUUUUAUUUUAUUUGGUUUUAAUUUUAUUUUUUAUUCUAGGCAUUUCCCGGGCCCUGGUUUGCUACCAAAGCAAUAAGUAAGAAGUGCCGCCCAUUCCCAGCAGUGCGCCCAUUCCCCUAGUCUUCCCUACCUACAAUCUUGGGGUUCAGACAGUACCUUCACUUGCACGGGUUGCAAUAAAUAUCUGACGGACCCCCUCUCACCCCGUCCUCCCUAUUCCCCUCCUUCUUACUGGGGCUUCUGACUUUGCCUUGGACACAUUGUUUCUGUCUUGGUCCAUCUUGGAAGGAAACGUCGCAUUCCAUCUUAGCCAUGGAGAAAGAAUUUAUUGAGCCCAAGUCGGAACCCUCUUCGUCCGGCGACGCUCCUCCACUUUACGGAGAAUCAGAGGCAACCAAAGGAACCUUUAGCCAGCGGUUUUUGGACAGUUUUAAAAGAGAUCCCAAUGCUCAUGCUUCAGCGCAUCAUGAACCUGGUCACGAUGGGAGAGCUUUUGAUCUCGAAAAUGCCGCUCAAAAAACUGCCGAGUCUCCGCUGCAGCGCAAGCUGAAAGGCCGCCACCUCCAGAUGAUUGCUAUUGGUGGCUCAAUCGGUACCGGUCUCUUCGUUGGAUCUGGCACUGUCCUGGCUGCUGGAGGUCCAGCUUCUGUCCUCAUCGCCUAUGCUUUGAUCGGCUGCAUGCUUUAUUGCACAAUGCACGCACUUGGUGAAAUGGCUGUACUCUUCCCGGUCGCUGGUUCAUUUUCGCACUAUUCCACUCGGUUCAUUGAUCCCGCCUGGGGUUUCGCCAUGGGUUGGAAUUAUUGUCUGCAGUGGCUUGUGACCCUGCCUACCGAAAUCGUCGCUGCCUCGUUAACUGUCAACUAUUGGAAUGAUACCAUCUCUAAUGCUGCCUGGGUCGCCAUUUUCUGGACAAUGAUUGUGACCAUCAACAUGUUCGGCGUCAAGGGUUAUGGUGAAGCGGAGUUUGUCUUCUCCAUCGUCAAGGUUACUGCCGUGGUUGGCUUCAUUAUCCUUGGUAUCAUCUUGACCUGUGGUGGCGGUCCUCAUGGUGGUUAUAUCGGCGGAAAGUAUUGGCACAAUCCAGGUGCCUUCCACCAUGGGUUCAAGGGUCUUUGCAGUGUCUUCGUGAAUGCUGCAUUCGCAUUCGCGGGUACUGAGCUGGUCGGCCUUGCCGCCGCAGAGACUUCUAAUCCUAGAAAAAUGCUUCCAACCGCGAUCAAGCAGGUGUUCUGGCGUAUCACCCUCUUCUACAUUGUGUCUCUCACCUUGGUCGGCCUUCUCGUCCCCUACAACGAUCCUCGACUACUCGAUGGAACGUCCAGCGCCGACGCUAAAGCAUCUCCGUUUGUCAUCUCCAUUGUGAAUGCGGGUAUUUCUGGGCUGCCUUCCGUCAUGAACGUCGUCAUCAUGAUCGCCGUGCUCUCUGUGGGCAACGCAUCCAUCUAUGGCUCUUCUCGAACGCUGGCAGCCAUGGCUGAGCAACAGCAAGCUCCCAAGUUCCUGGCCUAUAUCGAUCGCAAAGGUCGCCCUCUCCCGGCUCUUGUUGUAGCGUCGGUCUUCGGCCUGCUUGGAUUCUUGGCCGCCUCUGACAAAGAGAGCGAAGCGUUCACAUGGAUGAUGGCUAUCUCCGGUCUCUCAUCCAUCUUCACCUGGGGCUCAAUCUGCCUCUGCCACAUCCGGUUCCGCCGUGCCUGGAAACUGCAAGGGCAUAGCCUCAACGAACUGGCCUUCAAAUCCCAACCCGGUAUUGUCGGCUCUUGGGUGGGACUCAUCUUCAACUGUCUCGUUCUGGUUGCCCAGUUCUGGGUUGGCUUCGCGCCCUCCGGAUAUAGCUCCAUGUCAGCUGCUUCGUUGGUUUCCAACUUCUUCUCUGACUACCUAGCUGCGCCUGUCGUGCUAGCCUUUUACAUCCCUUACAAGCUUUGGUACAGAACUCCCUUCAUUCGGGCCAAGGACAUGGAUCUUCAGACCGGUCGCCGCGAGCUCGACCUCCAAGCCCUCAUUGAGCAGGAGAAGGCCGAGCAGGCGGAAUGGCCGAUGUGGAAGAAGGCGUGGAAAUUCUUCUGUUGAGCUUCGGUUAGGUCGUUCACUGGUGCUGGAGUUAAAUGAAUGGGCUGCGUUUUCUCUUUUAAAUAAUGUAUGAUUAUGAUCAUGUCUCCCUUUUCUGUCUCUGUCCAUAAACUUGCAUGUUCAGUAGCGCAGAGUCGAUGCAUCGGAUGGCGAAUGUUCACGAAUCGCGAUGGUACUUGGCGAAAACGAAGGGCAUUCAGAGUAUCCGAAUCCGCCUAUAGACUCAAUGGACUUGGCAUCAAUCCGAUUUGCUUGCAUAUAUGGAGUAGUGAUCAGUCAGUGGUACCCUGAUGAAGGUGUGUACGGGGUAGUGAGAGAGCAGAUGCUCCUGAGCUCACCGUUCAACACUAACGUGUUUGCCAGUCGGGAUCUCCUGGCGCUCUCCGGUCUUGGCAUGUUUGCAUCUGGAGACGGUCCAGAGUGGCAGCGACUCCAGCCUUGUAUGUAACACCAGACACUCCGUAUGGCUGUACCAGCCUGUAUCUCCC